AUGGGUCAGAUGACCCACAGACUCAAUGUGGACCCGGCCCAACCUCUGUGCAAGUCAGUCUACGGUGCUACUUCUGUGAACAAGGCCCGAUGGCACAAGGUCCCCCCCCCCCGGCACUGGACCAUGGCUGAAGACGUCGGGGGGACCGCUCUCCUGUUGUGCUCUCCCCGGGAUGGUCCAAACUGGGGAAUCCGGCUCAAAGUCACUUCUCCUGAGGAUGGAGCACUUCACCAGCAUCGGCAAGUUUCAUGCAAGACGAACCAGUUCAAGGGAAGGGUGGUGUUCAUGGAUCCCAACACGCCUGAGCUCGAAGCCAAAGUCAAAAGCAUGAUGGCAGACAUAGAGGACCAAAAGGAGAACGAGGUGGUGUUCAACCAGAUGAUCUGUGAUAGAUGA